AUGGAACCAAUAAUAACGCCAAUGAGUCCGAUGCAUCCUGCACCAAACGAAGAAAUCAAUCCGCUUAGUCUCCCCACAACACAGCUAGAAAACAACGAUAUUGAUCUAAAUCCAGAUUUAUAUGACGAUGAUGACAAAUCACCUCCAUCAACACUACAAAAUAAUGCGAAUCUUGCUGAGGAAGAGUUAAAGGACCACAAUGAGGCAAUGAGAGAGCUCGAACAACUGAAACAGUUUAGCAAUGCCGAUAUUUACAAAUUGCAUCAAGUUACUUUGCCAUUUACUGAGUCUUAUCGAUUGUUCACUGCUAAAUUUGAUUCUUUCCCCCCAGUAUAUACAUCUCCAAUUACAUCGGACCAACAAUCAAAACUUAUCAGGUACUUGGAUGAACAACUCCUUCAAAUCCAAAGAAAGUUUGUAAAACAACAAGCAGAAACAACUGUUUCAUAUUCUUGUCCUCGAUUGAUUCAAGAUUUAGAUUCUGUAAUUGAUCUACUUUGGGUUUCCAUUGCACAAAAGCAACGUCUUUUUGGCCAAGAAGAGUACUAUAUCAAGAUAUUGGGUGAUUUGGAAGAUUAUAUAAACCAUUACAAAACAUUAUUUGAUGAAUUAUGGAUCAACUCAAAUGUACGAGAUAAAUUUCUUGAUUUAGAUCGAAAAAAGAUGAUUGCCUUCUUCAAGUUUAUCCAGAAAUUGGACUUGCAGUUAAGCUUGUUGAUUGACGGGUAUGACAAGCUAGGGAAAGUUCAUGUAGCAGAGGAAAAGAAUGACGGCGAUAUUAGCAUCACCAACAAUAAUGGUAGGGGUGUAGCCAUUGCCCGUAAUUUACAGAAAUUUAGUGCUACGGAAUUAGUCAGAUUAUUUCCAAUUAUAUCGCGAUUGAGACUUGCUAUAAUUGAGAAAAUCGAUUCCUUGAGAAAGAAAGUUACAGAUGAAAGUAUAAGAGACGUUUUGGAAUUAGAGGUGAGCAGAAUAUUUGAAGGUGUUCUUGAACGUUCAUGUUAG